UGUGAGGAGGGCCGAUUUGGAAAUGGAUGUGAGAAUGAGUGCGUGUGUGAGAACGGAGCAGCGUGUGACCACGUCAGUGGAACCUGCAUCUGCACGACGGGAUGGACCGGCACGCGCUGUGAGAAGAUGUGCGCGGUGGGUACGUUUGGCCCAAACUGCAACCGGGUGUGCCAGUGCUCCGCCCCACGUCAACAGUGCCACCACGCCACCGGGAGAUGCACCUGCCCACCUGGUUACUAUGGUAACCAUUGUGACAUCAGGUGUCGGGAGGGAACAUAUGGACCAAACUGCAGGCGUAGGUGUCGAUGUGUCAAUGGAGGGCGCUGUGACUUUAAGACGGGGAGUUGUGAGUGCCAGCCUGGAUUCCUGGGAGCCAAUUGCAGCAGUUCUUGUCCAGCUGGGUAUUACGGGAAGGAUUGUGCUGUCUCCUGCAUGUGUGGUGAGAGUGGACAGUGCCACCCGGUGACUGGGAGUUGCAACUGCGCCGCUGGAAGAACAGGGCAGUCCUGCCAGGAAGUUUGUCCUGGAGGUCGCUACGGGCUGCACUGCCGUGGAGUGUGCGUGUGUGUGAACGGAGGUGUGUGUGAUGCCAUGGACGGGAGUUGCAGGUGUGGCCUCGGCUGGACGGGUCCUCACUGUGAGACAGCAUGUGAGGCAGGCCAGUACGGGCCGGGAUGUGCACUGGAGUGCCCCUGUCAGAAUAACGGCACAUGUGACCGCUUUACCGGCUGUUGUGACUGCUCUCCCGGCUACUAUGGCAACGCUUGCCAACACCAAUGCCCGGCAGGAUUGUUUGGGCGGUACUGCUCACAGAAGUGUGACUGUAGGCACGGCCAGGUGUGUGAUCACGUGACAGGAGAGUGUGUGUGUCCACCAAGCUUCUAUGGACGUGGGUGUGAAAAACGUUGUGAGGCAGGCCACUUUGGGCAGGGCUGUGAGGGGAGGUGUGUGUGUGCAGAGGGAGCAGACUGCCAUCCAGUCACAGGCCAGUGUAUCUGCCCCCCAGGGAAGACAGGAGAACACUGUGAUGCUGACUGCCCUGCUGGCUGGUUCGGUCCUGGGUGUGUCCUGCAGUGUGAGUGUGCUCACGGGGGGCAGUGUGAGAGUCGCACCGGACGCUGCACCUGCCCACCCACCUGGCUGGGACACACCUGUCAGGAAGAUGGACACACUCUUCCUGUUCCAGUUCUGGUGCGUCGGUCAGUGAAGCGGCGCUCUGGCAGGGCUCAUGCUCGUCCUUCUGCUAAACACACACGCCCCUCAUGAUGUGCGUGACUCCAGUGUGUGUGUGUGUGUGUGUGUGUGUGUGUGUGUGUGUCUGAGGAGUGCAGACCGGUCCAUUUUUUUUGUUGAGGACAAUUUUCCUACCCAUGUAACACAGACAUGAACAGAAACUCUCUCUCUCACACACACACA